AUGGCAACGGCGUCUGUAACCUACUCCAAGUCAACCGGCUGCAGUCGAAUCGAAAGACAUUGUUCCACAGUCGUCCCGGCUCCUGCAGUCAUCAACUCGAGCAGCAACGCUCAACCGACCGAACGUUUCCUCUACUCGUCCUCUUUGUUCCUCUCCAACUCCUCAGCGGAACAUCACUGGCAGUCCAGCCCGAGUCUACUGCUGCUUCAAUCACAACGACGACAGCCAAUCGAUAUUGCACUUCGAACCACCAGAGUUCCCCACAGCCUGGCGUUUGCCGCGUUACACGCGUGCUACUGUAUCGUUAUAGGGUUGAAGGAGAAGGUUCUGCCGCCGGAUUUCCUCCGCACGGCCGCUGGGCUCUCCUCGUUGCUCAUCGCUUCGGCCCUUCGUCUUAACUCAACUCGGUACGGAUUUGACUCCUACGUGCUUGGCCUUGGGGCAUCUGUUGGCGUCUCGGUGUGGUCGGCUGAACGAUGUUUCUUGAGAAAGGAGGCCUCUCCAUCCGGUGUGGCUGCACUAUGCUCAGCAAUCAUGGCUGCACUCUACACAUGCGCCCUCUACCACACUAUUUAA